UUACCAUGUUUCUAACUGCAUCAGAGUAGUUGUUGCAUGUUUUGUGCAUGGUGGGAAUUUUAUUUAAGCAGAAUUAAUCCAAAACUUCAUGUAUCCAAUUUUACAGUGGCAGAAGAAAUCAGCAAAGCAGAGAAAAACACCAACAGGUGGGCCAGAUUCUGCCCUUGAAAGCACACAGGUCUGCAUAAUGAGCUAUCCAUCCCAUUGCAGCAUACGUCAGGACUUGAUUUAAAAGUUGGCUUUACAAUGAGAAGAGACUGGAAAAAUAUAUUAUGCAUAAAGAUAGUCUUGUACUAGAAGAUAGAUCCAAACACUUCUGCAUGCUGAGGGUGUUUGGAAUAUGAACAUGAAUCCAGAUUUGAAUUUUAUACAAGAUGUAGUUCCUUAUAACAGGCUGAUUCACAAAUCCAGUUUCAAACCCUUAUGAACUUUGAAACAGUGGCUUAAGCUUCUCUCUCUCUGUCUCUCUUUGGUUAUUUCAAAUACUAGCAGUGCUGAUUGGAAUAAGCUCCCUUUGGUUUAAAACAAACAAACAAACAGGAGAUUAUGAUGAACAGCUGGUAGCAAAAUAUGCUCUCACUUUUUUAAAGCUACAAAUUAGGACACGUUGAAUCCAUUCAUUUAAAAAAGUUUUUACAAGUAUUUAAAAAGCUGGUAAAAAGUUUUCAUGUAUACCAUCCUGCAAGAAAGCAAUAUCAACAUUAUUUUAAUACAAAAAUGAAGCAAAUGAAUGUGUGAAUUAUUUAUUUUAAAUAUUUGGUGCAACUGUUCCUGUUAACUAAUCCAGGCACUUGGAAGGCAAUUACACUGAGCUUUGACAACAUUGCCAACCCACUGUAGUGUGCCUUAUGCCAAACACUAUUGUUAUUUUAUUGACCACGUUCACCAUUACAUAUGCAUAUGAAAAAACAGAGGCAUUUUCAUCAGGAUUACCCUAAUAGCAUUAAGAGAUUAUUUUUUAAAUUUCCUUGGAAGAAAAUUCACUUAAAUGAGAUUAGUUAUUACUUGACUGGUUUCCUAUCAUACUGCUAUGUUUAGGUAAGUGGAGUCCAUUAGAGUAUAAAGUUUAAGAAAAAAAUGAUUUUAUACAUUAAUGAUUUCAAAUAAAAGGAAAGCACUAUAUUUGUUCAUAGCUUCUUUUGAGAAAGUUAAGUCGAUGUUCUGGUUAGAAGAGAUAACACUUUUUGUCCCUCCUGGUGGCCCCCUAGUGUCACCAUUAGUUGCUAAUUACUUGCAAACAAAUAAACAAUUAACUCCUCGUGCCUCUUGGUGGGAGAGUUUUCAUUGACAUGCUAAAACUUUCUAAUAAAAGAUUUUAAUUAAUGACGUAGCAAAUCCAACCCCCUUGUCAACACAGUUAUAAAGAGAAAAUGCAAGAAAAUGCAAGUACAGUCUGUGCACCACAUAUACUGAAGGUGAAAGAAUGGCAAGUACAUCAUUACCUUCUGCCAAUACAGCAGCAUCUCAGAAUUGCCAGAAAGCAUCUGGUUCCAUGGAAAAUAAAGCCACACAUUCCUCAUUUUCCAUUGAAAGUAUCUUGGGAUUAGAGCAGAAAGAUGAAGGCAUUCCAGCUGCAAAACCUCACAGACCAUGGAUAGAUACGUGCAACAACUCAGUUUUAGGAGAAGAUGGUAACCCACAACUGCAGCUCUCUGCCAUUUCCUGUGAAAGGCCAUUACUGCAUGCUAACAAUUACCUAAUGCAGGAGGAAAGACUUUUGAAAUGUGAAAAAUAUUUCUCAGUUACUGAAAAGGUGUCUUACAAAAGAGAACUGAGCUGGUACAGGGGCAGGAGACCAAGAACUGCUUUCACUAGAAGUCAGAUUGAAGUGCUGGAAAGUGUGUUUAGAGUGAACUCCUAUCCUGGCAUUGAUGUCAGAGAAGAACUAGCUCACAAACUAGAUUUAGAUGAAGACAGAAUCCAGAUCUGGUUCCAGAAUCGUCGUGCAAAGCUGAAAAGAUCCCACAGAGAAUCUCAGUUUCUAAUGGUGAAAAACACUUUCACCUCCAACCUACUAGAAUAGGAAGAAGCCAGAUGGUUCACCAUUAUGCUACUGUGGUAAAACAUGAGUUGUUACUUGCUAUUCAUAAUUUGUAUUAAAUACUGAUGAUGUAGUAUUUUUACUUUGGAACUUUACAUCUGGUUUUGAAAGCUUAUCAGGAUUUUCAUUAAACUGUAAAUACUUUAUUAUUACAUUAUUCAAAUUACAAGU